UCAGUUCGUCUCGGGACUUCUAAGCGAUCGGUUUGGAUUUCGUUAGCUCCGCCGCGCCAGCUGGAAAUUUGUAUCUCAAAGAUCGCAGCCAGUUCGCUCGGUUUUUGUGCCUGGCAUACGGAAGCGGCUAACGCAGAAUCCGGAAAAUCACAAGAGCCGUAUAUAUUUCACAAAUAUAUAUAUAUAGUAUGUUUCGAAAAGGCCCAUUCACGGCCAUUAAAAUAUUUUAUUGUACAAAAAAGGCACAGUGCCGCGUAUCUGCUUAAUGUCAGCGCGAAAACUCAAUUCAAUUUAUUGUUUGUGAUUGCAAAUUUGGCAUAAUUGUGCUUUGAUUUAUUCGCGCGUGUUUCGGGUCAUCUCUAUAAAGAGGAAUUUUAAAUCUGGGCAAGAUUAUCUCUGUUUUUCUCUGAACACUGGCUGGGUCAGUUGGAAUUUGUUCGCCGUGUUGCCAUCGAGUGAAUUAAGGUAGCGGGACGCCAGCAUCAAAAUGCCAGAAAUGAUUUACUCGAGCUCUUUCCUGCUGCUCUGUUGCACAAUCCUGCUGCUGGGAACAGUACAGAAUGCCGGUUCCAAUAGCACCAGCCCUCAUCCUCACCAGAAUCAAACUCAUCGCGGACAUGGUCACAGUCAUCGAACGCGUCAUCAGGGCAACUAUUUGGCCACCCAUCAAAGGCAGCAGCGCAGACUGCAGUCGCUGAAUCAAGCCAAAUCGGAUGUGGAGCUGCUGCCCGGGGUCACCAUGCACGAGGUCACCAGAUUACGACGGGUUCAGCCACAUAAUCCCUACAAUAAAGUGCAGACACGACGCCUACACCAAUCGCGAAACCCCACCGAAUGGGAUUACAAUACUUACAACAUCAUGACCAACACGUUCGGUCCACCGCCACCGCCGAUGCCGUUGUCACCGCGAUAUGGAAAGGGCGAGGAUAAUACCCAGGAUGUUGAGUUUAUCGGGGUGCGAGAACGUGGAAGGGGUUACUCAUUCGUGCCAUCGGUAACGGUCACCACUGCUCCGCCACCGAAUCUGAAUCGAAGAUCCGCGAGUCCUGGUUCUCGCAGUAGCAUCGGCACUAUUCCACCACUGGUUCCGGCCAGAAGGGGCUAUAGCUACACCACCACCACAAGUUCUCCUCCAGUGAACACCAUCACCACUGACAAUCCCUUCGAGACGAACACCAUUGGUCGAGGCUAUCCCACAGAUCCCAAGGAAAUGGAAAGGCGGCACAUUUGCAUGCAACAGCGAACGGUUACGAUGCCCGUGAAGCGAACGGAGGUCUACAGUCGUCCCACCUGGAAGCACGUGGCCACGCCCUGCCAGCCGCCCACCUUUAGUGGCCAGAAGUGCACCAGGGUGCAGGUGGUCCACGAGCAGGCCUACAGGGACGUCAUCGAUCACAAGACCGCCCAGCAGAUGACCUACGACUGCUGCACGGGAUGGAGCCGGGAAAACCCAAGGUCGGAUUCGUGCAUGAAACCUAUUUGCUCCGCGCGCUGCCAAAACGGUGGCAAUUGUACGGCUCCUAGCACCUGCAGCUGUCCAACUGGUUUCACAGGACGUUUCUGCGAGCAGGAUGUGGACGAGUGCCAGACGGAGAAGCCAUGCGAUCAACAGUGCAUCAAUACGCAUGGAUCUUACUUCUGCCGCUGCCGUCAGGGAUUCGUUCUCCAGUCGGAUCAGCAGAGCUGCAAGAAGGUGUCCACGAAUGCGGACGAUGCGUUCGAGGCUCGGGAUCUGGAGAACGAUAUCGAUGAUACGGACGCGGAGGUGGCCACGCGACUCCAGAAGAUCGAAAAGUCCUUGGCCAAUGAGCGAGUGCACACGAACGAGCUGCAAAAGUCGCUGCAGGCCACCUACAGUGUGGUGGACACACUCAAGAGUCGGCUAAGCACGCUGGAAAAGCAGGCUCAGGAUGUCAGUCGACUGCAGACGAAUCUCUACAAGACAGAGUCCCGGACGAACAAGCUGGAGGGUAUGCUGAACCUGCUGCUGAAGUGCCGGAAUGGCCCCAAUGCCAAUUGCCCCUAAACAGAACUGCAUUUCCCCACGCUAUUAUUAAAUGUUAGUUAACUUAAUUGACCACUCCGUUCAUGUGUAGCUAGAUGCUCCUGCUUGUAAGCCAUUCCCGAAUGCGAGUCGAGUGCCUCUGUAGUCUGUAGAAUUAGCCCACGGAUCGGGCUAUUAGUACUUAAGCGAGAACGUGUGUCAUAAAUGUAUCGAGAUGUGAAGUUUUAGACGUAAGCGCACCACCGCACUCUGCACCGCUCUUCAUGUGGGUGGUGCAGUGAUUAGUUUCUGCAUGUAUCUGUAUAUAAUUUUAAUGUAUAUGAGAAAUCACUGCACGAAUAAAUGCAUUUUCUGAUUUU